AAGCACGGACUCCCUGGCUGCGGAGCGCGAUGCCACUUACCAGCGGAAGCUGCGGCAAAAGCAGCUACAGCAGCAGUCGGAACAGAUGGAGAAGAAGCAGCGGGCUCCGGCAGUCGCACCCAGCAGUGACCAGGGCGAUCCUCCCGCGAAGCACAGCACGCCAGCAGCAGCACAGGGGCCGCUUGCAGUGGAAGAGGAGUUCUUUGCAGAUGAUCCUGAGCUUUGGGACAUUUCCUUGGAUACCAUUGAUCUUAAGCUAGCGGGUCACGCGGCGGCAGAGCCAGCAGCUGAACGCCGGACACCCAGAACACCCCGCGGGUGUCAGCAGGCGACUGCGCGUAGCGGGACGCCUCACCGAGCGAAUCACCAGAAAGCUUCUGCCCGACAGGCGCAGCCGCAGCCUCCUGCGACGACCGCGACCAGCAGCAGCCGCGCCAACCUCCACACCCCAGAGCGCAGCCCCCACAAGAGAAGUCAAAACUGGAAGAGGAGGCGGCUAGAACCUACGUAA